AUGUACGUUUUGGAGGGUGUGACUCCUUGCAUACAGUCCAUGCAGUUGCAAGCUGGUGACACUGUAACGUUCAGCCGCACGGAACCUGAAGGAAAACUCGUAAUGGGAUACCGUAAAGCGACAAACUCUACAGCAGCACAGAUGUUCAAGGGAAGCAGUGAACCCAAUCUGAACAUGUUUUCCAACAACUUGAGUCCGGGAUGUGGUGACAUCAACUGGUCUAAACUUGAGAAGUCCGAGGACAUGGCAAAGGAUAACUUAUUGCUUCAGCCGUCACUGAUUUCAGCCAGGAAACGUGUUCGGAACAUUGGCUCUAAGAGCAAGCGACUGCUCAUGGACAGCGUAGAUGUUCUUGAACUGAGACUAACUUGGGAGGAGACACAGGAGCUUCUCCGGCCGCCUCAAUCCGUCAAACCGAGCAUCUGUACGGUAGAAGAUCACGAGUUUGAAGAAUAUGAUGAACCACCAGUUUUUGGGAAGAGGACUGUUUUUGUGUCACGUCAAACAGGGGAACAAGAGCAAUGGGUUCAGUGUGAUGCUUGUGGGAAAUGGCGACGGCUGCCUGUGGAUACUCUUCUUCCACCAAAGUGGUUGUGCUCCGAUAAUCUCUUGGAUCCUGCCAGGUCUUCAUGUUCUGCUCCUGAUGAACUCUCCCCAAGAGAACAGGAUACGCUUGUCCGGCUGAGCAAAGAGUUCAAGAGGAGGAGACUGGCGUCAUCAAACGAAAAGUUAAGCCAGGAGCAGGAGGGAUCAGCUCUGGAUACUCUAGCAAAUGCAGCCACAGGUGGACAAGGGGAGACGGUGGUUGCAGCCACGACCAAGCACCCAAGACACAGGGCAGGGUGUUCGUGCAUCGUCUGCAGCCAGCCGCCGAGUGGGAAAGGCAAACACAAGCCAACAUGCACUUGCACUGUGUGCGAGGCGGUGAAGAGACGGUUCAAGACGCUGAUGAUGCGGAAGCGGAACAGGAGUGAAGCAGGGCAGGCAAGCCAGCAGGCGCAGUCAGAGAGCAGAGACGAGACAGAAGUGGAGAGCAUUCCAGUGGUUGAACCAGCCGCGGCAGGAGGGGGAAGCAUCGACUUAAACACAGACCCGGGGGCUUCUCGAGUCAGCAUGAUGAGACUUCUCCAAGCUGCAACUUUUCCUCUGGAGGCUUACCUGAAACAAAAGGCUGUUCCCAAUACAGCAGCAGCAGAACAGCAAAGCAGUGAUAUGGUAAGCACAGAGCAGGGUGGUUCGUCCUCAGCUGCACAAGAACAUGACAGAGACACGAACGGAGCUCCUGAGCCUCUAAAUUAA